ACCAAUUACUACUAAACAAACAAACAACACACACUCUCUCUCUUCUCUUCUCUUCUCUUCUCUUCUCUCUCUUUCAUUCCCCCAUUGGAGUUUGCAAUUUGCUGUCACUCCUCUCAUCUUCUUCUCCUCUCAUCGCAUCUUUCAAUCUUCAAUACUCGCCGGGGGAGCUGUUUCCGACUUGUUCUCUCUUGUCGGUUACAACGACGCUGAUUAGAGCUUUCUGUAGCUUCCUGGUUUAGUGCUCUUUCUCCUUUGUUGAUGCCAAAUCUGAGGCUCAAAUCAUCUGUUAAUGCGGACAGACACUAGUUCAGACACACAAUACAUCUUCAAGCUCUUCAAUAAUUUCAUCAGCUCUCUAAGGGAAGGGGAAUGAUUCCAAUGGAUUAUAAUAAUAAUCACUGCGUUCCUAGUUCUAGCACCACCACCGGUCUUGUGUUUCCGACGAAUUACAGUGUAAAUGCGAUUAACGGGUUUCCUCACCCGCCUCUGGAUUCCUCGGCGGUUGCUGGAGUCAAACCAGAAUCCAGUGGUUUGGUUAUGGAUUGGUCCGUUGAGGAGCAGUAUAUAUUGGAGAACGGCCUUGCAAAAUUAAAAGAUGAACCCAAAAUUUCAAAGUAUGUAAAGAUCGCUGCAACUCUACCUGAUAAGACUGUAAGGGAUGUAGCAUUGAGGUGUAGAUGGAUGACGCGAAAACGGAGGAAAAGAGAAGAUAAAUAUGCCGCUAAGAACCUUAGCAAUAGGAAGGUGGUGGAUACAUCCCCAGAACUGAACAUGCUAUCCAGUGUGCCACAACAAAAUGCUUUAUAUGUCAUGAACAAUACGUGCCACAGUUCACGCAUGCCUUUUGAAGGUUCAAGUGACGCAGUAAUGGAUCUUCUACAGCAAAACGCUCAAGCUUUAAGUCAAAUUUCUAACAACCUCUCUGCGUGGAAGCUGCAGGAUAACAUCAGUCUCUUUUAUCAGACAAGAUAUAAUAUCAGCGCCAUUCUGACUGACAUGAAGGAGAUGCCUGGUAUCAUGAGUCGGAUGCCAGCUCUGCCCGUUUCAAUUAAUGAUGAUCUUGCAAGCAGUUUAUUAUCAAGUACAACACAGCCAGUAUCUUACACCAUUCCACCAAGCGUCCACCUGAAGCAAGAGCCGAGAAGUUGAUGGGGAAAGCCGGUUUUUGACCGAUGCUAAAGUAAAUAGCACAAGUACCUGGUACGUGGAAAUAUUUUCGUGAACGACAUGGGAAUGUAAUCAACUGCGGACACCGCUUCCGGACACGAGAUACAACAAUCGGUAUUGGUUAAAUCCUUGUGCUCUCGGGUAAUUUGACAGAGAUGCAUGAACUACACUCCCUCUAAGGCCAAGGUAAAAUCUUUGACCCGCACAAAAUGCUCUGACCGUGGAUCAAACAUAGGAAUCCUCGAAAUUCAUAGAAGGUGGCAUAGGUUGAUGGAACUCAAAAGCCUUUUGCUGUAAUCUUGUUGGUGCUUAAAUUAGUAUAAUAACAGUUCUUCUGAGUUUGGUCUUCAACGGCCGAAUAUGUGUAAUACAAAUUCUAGUUAAGGUAAUAAUUUAUUAUCCACUAGGUACAUUUUCUUCAUUUUCAUAGUUUAUGAUGUGAUACAAAUCAUUGUAUAUAUAUAUCGUCACCUUUCUCAAUUCAUUGUUAAAAUGUUUGCAGAA